AUGAGUUCGAUUGAUGCUCUCGCCACUGCGAUUAACGAGUUUGAGGGUGGCGUUGUUAUCGUCUCGCACGACUUCCGUCUCAUCUCACAGGUCGCACGCGAGCUAUGGGAAGUUAAAGAUAAAAAGAUUCGGAACUUAACCAAGGAAGACAUCGAUAUCAAGGCAUACAAGGCGAUGCUUGUCAAAGACAGUAUGGCUGCAAUUGAGAAAGCCAAAUUAUUCAGCAAAACCGCGACCGGAGGCAAAGUCGCUUAA